UGGCGCUGCUGCUUUUGUUGCGAUGCUUGCGGUCUUGUCGGCGGGAUGUUUCCUCACCAAGGUCGUAUCGGCUGACGAAGUGAAAGAGACGGAGGCGGUGGUCGGUGAGGAAUUACAACCUUUCUAGCAGGGGAAUGCGUUUGGGAGAUGAAAUCCGGAAACUCAUACCUGUCGAUUCAUCAGAAGAACCAGUUACGAAGAAGCCCAUCCCAACAACCCUCACCCUAACCCUCGGCGCAACCCCGCAACACUUCACCCUCCUCGGCCUAGGCGUCCGGCAAGUCACCUUCCUCAACGUCUCCGUCUACACCAUCGGCUACUACAUCUCUACACCCUCCAUCGCCCGCCUGCGCUCCUCCCCGUCGUUCAAAUCCUACACCCCCGCCACACUCUCCGACUUCACGGCCCCGCUCACACGAGAUACCUCGACCCCACUCGCACUGCGCAUCUCACCGGUGCGAAACACCGACGGCCCGCAUCUGCGCAACGGGUUCAUGCGCAUCCUGACGCGUCAGCUGGCAGCCGAAGACGCGAUGCUGACACCCGAAGAGAAGAAGGGUGUAUUGGAAGCGAUGGAUGAGUUGCGGGCGGCAUUUCCGGCGGGGAAGGUGGCGAAGGGGGAGGUGUUUGUGUUCGUCAAGACGGAGGGAGGGGAGUUGAGGAUGGUGCAUGAGGGGGUGGAGAAGACUGUUGUGAGGAAUCGGUGGGUUGCUGAGCGGUUUUUUGAGGGGUAUCUUUUGGAUGGGAAAAAGGUUAUAUCGGAAAAGCUACGGAAAAGCAUCGCAGAAGGCCUAGAGCACAUCAUCAAAGCUUAAAAGCCGCCUCACGCAAACUUUUGCAGCCAAAAAGCGCCAUUCCGCCCGCGCUUUACCCAUGUCCGCGCACAGCAAACCCCUCAAAGCUAACCUACAUUGUGCGAGAGGCCACCGGGACACUAUUGCGUGGUCGCGUAGGAUAGACCGGGGAGCACAUCUGUCACAUUGCGCUUU